ACACCGCGGACGAUAGGCCGAUUUGGGAGGUGUUUGUUGCAAUAUUAAAGUAAUAUAUAAAAUUAUGAUACAUCUGACGGGCCAAAAUUAUAACGCGCGUGAUGUAAUCAAGAAUAUAUUCUCGCCACUCAUCGGCGUUAUGACCAGUAACAUGGCCGAUGAGAUAUGCCAUCGAAACAACUUGUCUUUUGUGGAGCUGCUGCAACCAUUUGCCAAACUCCCCAACGACGCUCACUUUCGGGAUGUGUCCGGGACGAGUGUCUCUGUGCGCGGGUUGCGUCUCAAUUUUUGUGACGUAGACUGGCGUCCGCCACAAACUGUGCUGGCACGCAAAAUGCUCAACGAGUCGGUGACCAAUGCGCACAACGAAAAAACCAGACUGGCCACAAUUGCUGGCAUCGAUCUGGAGUUGCCCACAGCAGAGCCAUGGUUUGAGCAAUGGCGUGAAACCUUUUUGACCGUGCAGUUUCCAGCGGAGCAUGAGUUUACGCGUCAUCUGUUGAGCUGUCUGCUGGUCCUGUCCAGCGCCGACACGCAGAUUGUUGAGACGGCCCAGAAGCUGACGCAGCGUGUGCAGCAAAUGCAGAGCAUUACGCCGCAGAAGCUGCCCAAAUGGUUCCAGCCCACAGAGGUGCUCAACAGCUAUGUGGUGCUGCACGAGGCCAGCCAGGCGGAUUUGUCCCGGGCCCAGCAGGGCUUUGAGCUGCUCAAGUCCACUUUCGGGGAUAAUAGGUGCUUCUUGGUGUCGAUUAACUCAACGGAUCCGAAUAGCGCCAGCGAUAUACAGGACUAUUGGCGGACGUACAUCAAACGACAACCCAAAGCCGAUGGAAUGACAACAAGUGAGCUCAGUGCACCCAAAUCCCCACAAGAGGCAGUCUCGGUAAUUAGUAUGCCAGCGAUGCAAAUGUCGCAACUAAUGGAGAGUCAGGCUCAUGUACAGGAGAACGAUCUGACCAUGUUGCAUCCGCUCAGUCCGAUGCAAGAGAGCGCCACCGAGGCAAUCAAUUCGAAGUUUAGCAUUAGCAGCGAAAGCAUUGCCUCGCAGACAAUAAAUCCGAAUGUGUGGGCCAACGAGUUGGAUGUGGAUGCACCACAUGGCUGCUGCCUUGCCGCACGCGAUAUUGAUAAUUUGCGUCACUUUGUGCAGGAUUAUGCGGUACGCGCUCUAAUACCCUACAUUGAGCAUUUGGUGGUCAAGCUCAGCGAGGGCGUUACCAAUAAGAAGGGUGUCAGCAAAUCGCUGCUAAGCGCCACAAAACGUUGGUUCGUCACCAGCAAACCCGGUGCGGGUGCCAACAAUCAAAAUGCUGUCAUCUAUACGAAUGAAUCUGCUGAGCUGCAGACGCGCAAACUGGGCGAUCUGUACUUUAUGUUUGGACACUAUAAUCUAGCGUUUCAAGCGUAUCACCAGGCCAAGCGUGACUUCAACGCAGACUCCGCCUGGCAGUAUUAUGCGGGCGCCUUGGAAAUGGCUGCUCUCUCAGCGUUUAUGCUGGGCACGGCGCAUAGUAAGACAUAUGACUACAUGGAGGAUGCCAUUGUCUGCUAUUUGACUGUGUGCAAACUGCAGCAAUUUGCCACACGUGCCACGCUGUUGAGCAUGGAGUGCCUGAAGACGGCGCGCCUAUAUGGCGAUGUGGCCAAGCAGCUGAUACGCAUGACUAGCGAGGAGUCGGACCUGCGCUCGGCCCUGCUGCUCGAGCAGGCUGCAUAUUGUUUUCUGGUCACCCAGCCGCCCAUGCAUCGUAAAUACGCUUUUCACAUUGUGCUCGCCGGCAAUCGCUAUUCGCGGGCGGGACAACGGAAGCACGCCUAUCGCUGCUACAGGCAGGCGUAUCAGGUCUUCCAGCAGCGGCAGUGGAGCCUCGCCGAGGAUCAUAUUCAAUAUACGGUCGCCAAGCAGGCGUAUAUGCUGAAGCAGCUGGAGGAUGCGAGUCGCUCCUUUGCCCAUCUACUGCGUCCAGGCAGCUUGCAGAGUGCCCAGCAGCAGAGCAGUUUUCUCAAGGAGUACAUACAGACACAGAAUGAGUUACUGAAACGCAGUCCAGAGCUUGGUCUCUUGCCACACGCUCUGCCCCAAGUUGUGCAAUCGUCGGUGCGUGUGCUGACUCUAGUGCAGCCUCCCAGUGUUCAAGCGCCACAGGUGCCAGCCAGCAAUAUAGACAUUAACUCCAAUUUGACAAGGGAUGAGUCCAUUUGGCACAAGAUCGAGGAAAUGCUGGUCAUCACAGCCGCAUCCAAUAAGCCAUUUGUGUUCAAGCCCUCACGUUAUUUGUACACUAAACAGCAGCCAGCUACGGAAUGCCCGCUAGCCGUGCAGGGCGAGCCCAUUGAACUUGCCGUGACGCUAUCCAAUAGUGUUCGUUGUCCCAUCACCUUGUCGGAGAUUGAUCUGCUCUGGCGUCUAACGCUGGACAAUGAGGAGGUGCUCUCCAAUCUCUGUGUAUACGAACAGUCCGCGGACAGCGCUAGCAAGGCUGCUGUUAGUGCAGCUAUAAAGACCACCUGUCCGGCCACCUUGGAGCUGGCCGAACAAGCUGAGCAUCUGCUCCAUUUCAAGCUAACUCCCAAGCUAACCGGCCGUCUAUCCAUUCUGGGCGUAGUCUGUCGCGUGGCAUCCAAAGUGGAGCCAGCAGCAAGUUUGCUGGGCCUCUUACAGUUUGAGACACAACGUAUUAAGCCUUCGAUGGCCAAGCAAUCCUCCCAGACGCUGCUGGACAGCAGGCUGAGCAUCAAGCUGGUGCCGCAGGUGCCUGCCCUAAGCGUCAGCUUUAGUCCUGUGCCCCCCGAGUUGCUGGCUGGUGAAAUUGUGCCUGUUCACAUAACGCUGCGUAACUUGGGCAUUGCACCCAUCGAGGAAAUCUACUUGGGCUGCGACAAUCCGCGUUGCCUGACGCUUUUCGAGCAACAAGGCACAGAAAUGCCUCUGACCAUACUGAGCUCGCUGCGAAAUCUCUCGAACGAUAAGCUGGUCAAGGAUAAGGAAAUAAGACGUCAGAGAGUUUUCCGUCUGCUCCAGCGACAGGGACACGCAGCACUGGAUGCACAACAGGGACACACAAUAUCCAUGUGGCUGCAGGCACCGCACACCGCCGGUCCCUUUACACUCCGUCUACUGUUUUACUAUGCGCUGCCGAGUGCUGUCAAUGCACAGAUUAAAUACCGUCUGGUGCGUCACAUUUGGCAUGUCCAGGUGCAGAGUUGCCUGCAGGCCGAGGCCACCUGUGUGGUCAGCAAUGCCGUCAGCCGGGAGCUGGGUCUAGAUGUUAGUCUAAGGAAUGUGAAUGCGGCACAGUUGACGGAGGUGUACAUUAAUUCGAUGUCCUUGUACUCCAAGGAGUAUUCGUUGAAACGUAACAAUUUGUACAUUCUGAACAACAUGGAAGUGUGCGCUGGUCAGGCUGGCGACCAUUGCCUCAAAUCGAGCAAAUGCUGCAGUUUUCAGUGUCGUCUACAGGCAAAAGAUGUGCAACAAUUUCAGGAUUUGCCGACACUGAAAACGCUGCUACAAACGCGUCUGUCACGCUUGGAGAUUAUGCCGGCACAUCAUGCCCAGCAGCUGGAGCAGCAUACGCCUCAGCUGCAGGAACCGCACAGUUUCCUGACCAACGAGGAAACCUUUUACUUCAACACCAACAUCAGCACGGAGGAGUUCAAUGCCAGCGUUGCUACAUAUGAUCCACAUGCCACCGUCGCGAUUAGCUGGAGCGCUCUGGUGCAAAAGAAUAGUGUGCAGCGAGUAGCAACUGGUCUGCACUUUAUAAAGCUUUACAAUCUGUACGAGACCGGUAGCUGCCCUCCAGUUGCUGAUGCUAUGCUCAGGCGCCGAUUGUCCACAGAUGGGUCGCACCAGCACGAAUUUCAACUGCCGGCAGAUGAAGGUAGCGAAGCUGCCAGCGAGCCAUUAGGCGACGAUGAUGUGGCUGACUUUUGGGAGCCCAAUGAGCAUUACGUUGGUCAGCGCUGUCUCCUCGAAGAUGAAACAUUUGUGCUUUCAGCCCGAGCUUAGGUUAACUUCCAUAUGUUCCAAAUAUUGUGUCUUUUGCAUGUGAUUACACAGAUCUAAUUAGCAAAUAAAUUGGCUGUUAAUCUACAAAUGUAUUACAUAAAUUUAAUGAUGUAGCCAUUAGAAGAUACUCUGUACCCAUAUAUAUCGAAAUUACACGAAGAAGUAUGCGUAAA